UGGGACGGUGGAGAAAGGAGUGAAUGGAUACAUAUAUAAGAAGAGGUGUCAGGGUGUAAGUCAGAUGUCGUCUGCGUCUGUAGCUGUUGACAUGACCACCAUGUUGCUCCUCACCCUCCUGGCCCUACUGGGCUCCACCUCUGCUAAGAGGCUUGGGGUGUCUGGUACGGAUAUUACAUACGGAGGUGAAAAGGUGUUCCUAAACGGUGCCAACAUCGCCUGGAACAACUACGGCUACGACUUUGGUAACGGUGGCUACGACGGCACCCUGGAGACCUGGGUAGGGGAGAUCGGUAGCUCCGGCGGCAACUCCAUCAGGAUAUGGGUGCACGUGGAAGGGGACAGCACCCCAACAUAUGACGAAAAUGGUUACGUCACCUCCUGUGACCGCACUGGUCAAUUCGAGAACGAUGUUUUGAGUCUUUUGAACGCUGCUGAAGCUAGCGGUGUGGUGGUCAAUCUGUGCAUGUGGAACGGAGCCGUCUUGCGGAACCAAAAAACUAUCGAUCUUAUUUAUGAGGACUCAAAACUUGAUUCCUACAUAGAGAAAUGCCUUACUCCCCUAAUGGAGACAAUAAAAGGUCAUCCCGCCCUUGGAUCCUACGAAGCCAUCAAUGAGCCAGAAGGAUCAGUGAAGGUGGAGAGCAACAGCGACGCGUGUUAUGACACCACCUUAAUUGGUCAACAAGGCGCUGGAUGGACUGGUGCAAAUAUCCCCAUGGAGAGGUUUUUGCGGUUCAUCGGCAGGCAGAAUCAGGCUGUACGCGCCGUAGACCCUGAAACCCUCAUCACUCUCGGCUCUUGGAGUCAGUUUUCCCAGAAUGAUGUCUUUCCCAGCUCUCACAACCACUACACGGAUGCCUGUCUGAACGGAGCCGCAGGCGGCUCUGGAGCCCAGCUGGACUUUUACCAAAUGCACAGUUACGAUUGGCAAGGUGCCUGGACCACCGGGGCGCCUUUCACA